AAGUGGGACAUGUUGGGAAUCCAAGGGGGAUCCAGGUGGGUGUGAAAGGUCUGGGGGCUCCAGGUGGGAUCCAAGUGGGCUCCAGGUGUGAUGCUCCAGACAAACCCCUGCCUGCCCAGGUGUUGGGAAGCUCUGGUGCUUCCCUGUGUCCUGAGAGAAUUUGUGUCUCCACAGGUGGCCCCAGCCCAGAGCAGGAUGGCAGAUUCCGUGGAGGACGUGCUCGCGGAUCUCCUGGGAUUCGAUGAGGAUCCUCCCGUUCCCCCUCCCCGUGGAUCCCGACUCACCUGCGCCCAGGUGAGCUCCAGGGGGGCCCUGGAGGAGGAUCCCGGCGGGAAAUUCCCUGGAGACGAUGUGGGAGAGACACAGGACCUGGAUGACCUGGAUGCAGAAAUCCUGGGAAUCUCCAGAUCCAGGCCCAGGCCGGCAGGAGCUGGGACAGGGGCAGGGAAAAGCCUUGGGAAGCAGCUGGAUCCCGAGGAAGGUGUCCCCGGUGUCCCCCCCAGGGGUGGCCUCGGUGACCUCGUGGAUUCCCCGGGAGGAGCCGGGAAAGCACCGGGAAUGUCGGACAG